GGCCCAAUAGGCGCCCGCGUUGGGGGCAGGUGGGGGAAGCGGCGCUCUGAGGCGAUCCGGGCGGCAUGGCGGCGGCGGCGUCGCUUUCGUUCUCGGGCCGCUGAGCCUCUUCCCCUCCCCCCCCCCGUCCGGCCUCCCCUUCUUCCCCGCCAUGGCUGCCGCCUCCCGGGACCUGGUGGGGGUGUCGGCCGCCUCCUCCGACGAAGCCGUGCGGGGCACCUGCGACGACGCCUCCCAGUGCAAGCGAUAUGCUGUCAAUAAGGGCUACUGGAAGGAUCCUUACAUCGAACAUUUUGUGAGGCAGCCAAAAGAGAGGAAGGCACCUGAAAUCAGCCGUGGAUAUUAUGCCCGUGUCCAGGGAGUUGGUCGCUUGCUUAAGGCUUUCUUAGAGAAAACUGAACACAACUGCCAAAUUAUAAACCUUGGUGCUGGCAUGGAUACCCUUUUCUGGAAAUUAAAGGAUGAGAAUCUGCUUCCUAGAAAAUACUUUGAAGUUGAUUUUCCGACUAUCGUCACAAGGAAAAUUCAUAAUAUCAAAUCCAAGCCUCCCCUGUCAAAACCAAUUACGGAAACCCAUUCAGGAGAGUCUCUCCUGAUAGAUGCUCACAGUCUGGACUCCAGUCGAUACGCCAUCAUUGGUGCAGAUCUCAGAGACCUGCCGAAGCUGGAAGAAAAUCUGAAGAAAUGCAACCUGGAUGCACAGUUGCCGACUCUUCUCGUGGCAGAAUGUGUGCUGAUCUACAUGACUCCGGAGCACUCUGCUCAUCUCCUCAAGUGGGUGGCCGGCAUGUUCCCGACAGCCAUGUUUAUCAACUAUGAGCAGGUGAAUAUGGGCGACCGCUUUGGGCAGAUCAUGAUUGAGAAUCUGAAGAGCAGGCAGUGCAGCCUGGUUGGGGUGGAAGACUGCAGAUCUCUGGAUACCCAGAAGGAGAGGUUCUUACUCAGCGGUUGGGAGACAGCCAGUGCGAUAGAUAUGGUGACCGUCUACAAUUGUUUGCCCCCAGAGGAUGUCAGGAGGAUCGAGGCACUGGAGUUCCUUGAUGAGAAGGAGCUGCUCGAACAGCUCAUGCAGCACUACUGCCUAGUUUGGGCUACCAAGGACUCCCAGAAACUGGGUCUUGCAGAGAUUGCCCUGUAACCCAUCAGCUGCCACGGAGCUCAAGGUGAGCCUGCCGCCUCCCCUUCCGGUGGGGGUCCUGCAUGCGCUUGCUCCCUCCGGCUCCUCUCCAGGGAUGGUGUCUACCGUCAGGAGAACGUUGGCAGUGCAGCCGGUGCAGGGGCAGCCCCUCCAUCCCUUCCUGCCUUUGACGUCACGCUGCCUUGUGAAUGAAUGGCCUCCUCCUUUUGUGAGAAGCUGAAUCACAGCUGAGUCUCUCCCCACAUUCAUGGAACUGGUUUUUUUAACAAUAUUAUUAUUAUUAUGGACCGAAUCUAUUCCUGUCCUCAAGUUUAAAAGGAGGAACGGCCAGGUUCGCUUGGCCCCCUCUUGUCUCGCCGGGCCCUUGAGGACUGGACUGGGAGCGAAGGCGGGGGGGCCGGGGGGAGUGAUGUCGGUGGAUGGUUAGUUCUCAGCUGCUCCUGGAGUCUCCUCCUCCUCCUCCUGUUGUGUGUCUGCCUUUCCUGUCGUGGAUUCUUGCUGGUGGUCGUUCUCCAGCGCCCCUUGCAGUCGGGGUUCUUUCUCUUUGGUGGAAACCUGAUCUGUUCCGUCAAGGGAGAAGGAAUGCUGGCACGAGCCCUCCGGCUGCACCUCUUCUCCCCGCUCUGGCUGCGUGGAAACGUGCACCGAAUGGGCCUCCAGCAACGAUGAAUAAAUGGUGGGAUCUUUUGU